GCUGCUGCUGCUAUUCAGAUCGUCAGCGUCAUCGCCAUCGUUGUCGUUGGGUCGCCGCCUCGAGCUGGACGCUUUCAAAAGAGCCAUGACUUUUUCAUCGUAUCCAAUGUCCCCCAUUAUGUUGCUGCUACUUAUGCUGAUGAUGCUAUGCACAGCCGGAAAUUGCCAAAUUUGUGGUCCCCCGGCGGUGCCGCUGAAUGCCAAAGUGCGAACUGUUGCCGGCGAGACCGGAAUAUCGGAGGCGCACUACGAAUGCGAUGCGGGAUACGAGCUCUUCGGAUCGCCGUCGAUAAAGUGCGAUGCACGGAGCGGCUGGGACCGUGAGCUGCCGUUUUGUGGUGUGAAUGUGGCAUACCGCAAGCCGGUGAAUCAGAGCUCCUACACCCGCAGCGGUCCCGCCAGCUAUGCCAAUGAUGGCAAGCCCGGGAAUAAGAAUCCCGAUGGCCAGGAAUGCUCGGAGACGCAGAAGGAGCCGUCGCCCUGGUGGCGCGUUGAUCUGCUCACGCCGCAGGCGGUGCAUGUGGUGCGGAUCACAACGCGCGGCUGCUGUGGCCACCAGCCGUUGCAGGAUCUGGAGAUUCGUGUGGGCAACAGCAGUGCGGAUCUGCAGCGCAAUCCGCUGUGCGCCUGGUACCCGGGCACCCUCGACGAGGGCGUGGUCAAGACAUUCACCUGCGCCCGUCCCCUGGUGGGGCAAUAUGUGGCCAUUCAGCUGGUGGGUGUCGAGGGCAGCCUCAGUCUCUGCGAGGUGGAGACAUUCACCAAUGACGAAUUCUCCGUGGAUCGCUGCCUCAGUCCCAAGAUCGGGGUGGACACCGUGGUGACGACAUUUUCGAAAACCUGCUACGACUUUCAUAUCACCAAAGGAGAAAGCUUCGAUAAGGCACAAACCAUUUGCCAGCAGACAGGCGGCGAUUUGGUACACGACUUUCGGGGCGCCACCAGCUCAUACAUUCUGUCGGAGCUGGAGCGCCGCAAGACUGAACUGAAGCCGCAACUCGUCUGGAUUGGGGCACAAAAGGAGCCGGGCAUUACCUCACGCACCUGGAAAUGGGUGAACGGUGAAGUUGUGCUGAAGCCCACCUGGGGCAAGGAUCAGCCCAACAACUACAAUGGCGAACAGAAUUGUGUUGUGCUGGAUGGCGGUCGCAAUUGGCUGUGGAACGAUGUGGGCUGCAAUCUGGAUUAUUUGCAUUUUAUCUGCCAGCACACGCCAUUAUCGUGCGGCUCGCCGGAUGCCCAGCAGAACACCACUGUCAUGGGCAAGAAGUUCACAUUGGGCGAGAAAAUUCAAUACGAUUGCCCCAAGGGUCAUUCGCUGCUCGGCCAGUCGGAACGAGACUGCCAACUUGAUGGCACUUGGAGUGGUUUGGCGCCAACCUGCAAAUAUGUGGAUUGUGGCAGUUUGCCGGAGCUUAAGUUCGGCUCCAUACAUCUGUCCGAAGAGCGCACCAGCUUCGGUGUGGUGGCCACAUACAGCUGCCACGAGAACUACACGCUGAUUGGCAACGAGAAUCGCACCUGUGCGGUGGAUGGCUGGAGCGGCAAGCAGCCAGAGUGCUUGGUGGACUGGUGUCCGGAUCCGCAGCGCAUCACGGGCGGCAAUGUACGCUUCAGCGACAAGAGGGCCGGCUCCACGGCCACGUAUACGUGCGAGCCAGGCUAUGUGCUCGUUGGCGAGGCAAUUAUUUCAUGCGGUCUGGGCGGUGAAUGGUCGAGCAAGACGCCCUCCUGUCGCUUUGUUGACUGUGGCGCACCCGCACGACCCGAUCGGGGCAUAUCGAUACUCCUCAACGGCACCACCACUGUCGAUUCGGUGGUGAAGUACGAAUGCGACGAGGACCACUGGCUGGACGGGCCCACAGAGCUCUAUUGCACCCGGGAUGGCAAGUGGUCCGGCGAGGCGCCCGUCUGUGAGCUGGUCACCUGCGAGACGCCCCAGGUGCCCGCUGGUUCCUUUGUCAUUGGCUACGACUACAAUGUUCACUCAAAGAUCCAAUAUAACUGCGAUCCCGGUCACAUAAUGCACGGCAAUCCAGUGCUGGAGUGUCUGGACAGCGGCGAGUGGAGCUCCGAUGCGCCCGACUGUGAAUACAUUGACUGUGGACAGAUACUGCCGGUGCCGUAUGGCAGUCACAAGUAUGUGACCAACACAACGUAUGUGGGCUCCGAGGUGGUCUUCAGCUGCUCCCAGUCGCACAAGCUUAGCGGGGUGGUGAAGCGUCAGUGCCUGGAAUCGGCCGUCUGGAGUGAUGUCUCACCCAAAUGCGAGGAAAUACGCUGCACUGAGCCCCGAUUGGCCACUCACAGCCUGCUGUCCGUCACAGGAAACGAUCGCAUGUAUGGAAGGACACUCAUACGCACCGCAGACUCCACACAGAACACCGCACAGACCUACAAAAUUGGCGCACUGGCCAAAUAUCGCUGCGAGCGUGGCUAUAAAAUGGUGGGCGAGGCUUUGGCCACCUGCACGGACAGCGGCCAGUGGAGCGGCAUCAUUCCGGACUGUGUCUAUGUCGAAUGCGGUGCACCCGAGAACAUAACCAAUGGCAAGGUCACCCUGGCCACAAAUGCCACCUACUAUGGCGCUGCUGUGCUCUACGAAUGCAAUGUGAACUUCAAGCUGAACGGCGUCUCCCGGCGACUGUGCACAGAGCAUGGCAACUGGAGUCACGAGUCGCCCGAGUGCGUGGAGGUUGUCUGUGACACACCGAAUAUCAACGAGAAUCUAAUUGUCGAAGCAGGCACUCGCGCGGUGGGCUCUGUGGCCACCUUUAAGUGCCUCAAGGGACGCACCAUGAUUGGCAAUGAUACGCGCGUCUGUCAAAAGAAUGGCAAAUGGGCGGGCAAGAGUCCCACCUGUAGGCCCGUCGACUGCGGACGACCGCUGGCCAUCGAGAACGGCCGUGUGAUUGUGGUAAACGAUUCCACGCUGUAUGGCGGCUCGGCCGAGUAUCACUGCAUUCCCAAUUACAAUCGCAUUGGACAGUAUCUGCGCAAAUGCACCGAGGACGGGGCCUGGAGUGGCAAGCAGCCGCACUGUGAACUGGCCGCCGUCGAGGGGCCAGAGACAUCAGAGCUGGGCACUGGCGUGGGCAUUGGCGCCACCAUCAUUGUGGCCUUGCUGGUGGUCUUUGGUUUGAUUUUUCUGUACCGCAACAAGGCGCGACCCGUGAAGAACACGGAGAAUGUGCAGGCGGCCGAGACGAAGGAUGAACGCAACGCGGCCGUCAUGUCGUACUCGACGCUGGAGGCUAACAAUCGCAUGCACAUGGACACCAAUCCAUCGGCGGCCACCUUCAACACAUUCCAAGGCGGUGUGGGGCGCAAUAAUUCAGGCGGUGGUGGUGGCGGAGCGGCUGGAGCCGCAAAUGGCGAUAGACUGACCAACAAUCGCUCGGAGAACAUUUACGAUCAAAUACCAAAUGAGCAGUUCUAUGAUGCUCCCUACGAGAUGCGCAGCAAUGACGAGGUAUACGAGCCCGAGCCAGUGGCCAGCAAUGUGAUCACCAUCAAUGGCAUCUCUGUGAGAUAAGCUAGCCCGGAGGAUGGAAAUGGAUCGACGUUGAGGACUAACCUUUAGUUUUUUGUGUUAAUAACUGUAUAUAGUAAAUGUUUAAGAAUUAGGUCAAGGCUUGAUCGCUUUUGUAUGUACAUGUAUACAACCCAUACUAUACCAUACCAUACCAUACCAUACCAUAGCUAUAUAUACUAUAUAUAUAUAUAU